AUGCCGCGCGCAGAGAAAAUCGGCUCCUUAUUAUUUUGUCCUGAUUGCGGGACCUUGCUCGAUGUCCCUGGUGGAGAUGAGACGUUCGUGUCUUGCGAACAGUGCGGACAUGAAGAGCCUGCGAGUUCGUACGAGAACAUUGAGAUCACAACACGAUCCCAUCCGGAGGCUUUCCCUUCGGCGCUGAGACAGAAGCGCAAGACGCAAACCAAGGUGCACGAGGGAGACGCGGGGAGGCAAAAGACGACGGAAAAGUGCCCCGCAUGUGGACACAUGGAAGCGUAUUCGAAAGAAAUACAGAUGCGCAGCGCAGAUGAAGGUUCCACAAUCCUAUACGAGUGCGUGAGCUGUAGACACGGCUGGCGCAUCAACAACUAG